GUUCGUCUCGAACGUCGAGCGCCUCGCGUGCUCGCGAUUUAUCGUUCUGUCACUCUCUUUGUCUUUCUGUCUCUCUUUUUCUCUCUCUCUCUCUUUCUCUCUCUUUCUUUUUGUCUAUCUGCCUAUGUAUACAUAUAUAUAUAUAUCACUGUCUCUCUGUCUCUGUUUCUCUCCUUCUCUCGCACGAUAAUCCGUCGCGCGUUUUAAACCGGGGAAAAAAUUAUAAUCGUGUGCAGGAUGUAAAAAGUACGAUGAUGAUGAUGAUGUUGAGAUGUGCGUCGUCGUGUCGAGUAGAGGAGAAGAACAAUACAUAGAGAUCAAGCUUUUGUUUAUAUAUUUAUUAUGAGACCAAACAGCAGCGAAUAAUAAUCUCUUUUAGAUACGAGCCAGUGCAUCGGCGGGGGUGAUAAAUCGGGGCGCAAAGGCGCCGUCGCGUCGUCUACGUGCUUGCUCUUUUCUCGACGUGAUGCUAUUGCUGCUCUACAAUAAUCCUUAGUGUUACUAUUACAACUAUUAUUACUAUUAUUUGUGAUCGAACAAUUCGCGAGUGUUGGAUUUUCUCGUGAGAGAGAAGAAAAAACGUUAAUCGGACUGAGAAAGAGGAAGAGGACAAUAAAAAUAGUGGUAGUAGAGGGUUGUUGUUAAAGAACAAUUCAAAGAAAUAAUAAGAUAGUUAAAGAAAACAAACGAGAAGAGGAUAAGAAAGAAGAGAAAAAAAAAUGAGGGCCUCGUUGUUACUCCUGGGGGGCAUCAUCGUAGUUCUCUCGAUCGCGGUUGCAAGGGCACUGUCCUGUGUGUGUUCGCCGCUCGAGUGUGACAUACUCACCGACGAGGAUUGCCCUGGAGGACUCACCUGGGAUCCUUGCAGAUGUUGCAAAGUAUGUGCGCGCGUUGAAGGUGAACCAUGCGGGGGUCUUUUCGGCUUUUCCGGGAGCUGCGCGGUUGGACUGCAGUGUAUAAUCAAAAAUCUACUACCUCACACGCGGGAAGUGGACGAGGGCGUCUGUGCGAAGAUACCAGGAAGAUGGCGAAGGCAUUGUCCAAACGGACCAAUAAUGUCAGGUCCUGGUUGCAACCUGGUUGACGAUGGAACCUCUGAUGAAAGCGGAAACGCGGUUGCGAGCGGGAAAUGCGUUUGCGGACCAUCCGUGCCCUGGUGUCCGGGUGAACCGCGACCAUAUGACUACAGGACUCGGCACGAGUGCAAGCUCAAUUUGGCUGCGAAAAUUGCCUACGACGAUCUCCUUAAUUCUGAAGAUAGAGAGAACGUCGUAGUCAACGAGAACGAGAACGUAACUGCAACUCCAAGCACACCUAUCAAUCGAAUCAUAGAAGCCAAUUUCUUUCCACUCACCCAGCUGCUACUGCUACUGCAGCUCUCUACUUCUGAUACUUCUAUUGCCGCUGCUUCUGGUACCGGUGCUGCUACUUCUGCUUCUGCUUCUACUGCUGAACUUUUGCACGGUACGAGAUGUCCCGAGGACAGCGUGGAAAAUGAAAAUGGCGAGUGUAAAUGCUCUCCAUGUCCUUCACCACCAGUCUGUUCCGAACCUGGACAACGUCUCUUACAAACAAAGAUCGCAAUUCCUGGGACACCCGGUAGUUGCUGUUCUCAUUACGAAUGUCUUCCCUCAGGACAUCAACAAAAUGGACAUCAAGAAGGACAAGAUCAGCAACAAAGUUCAGAAAACGGUUGUCCAAGGGACAGUGUUCCAAGCGAAGAUGAUGUAUGUAAAUGCGUACCCAUGUGUCCACCUGCGUCUUGUAAACCAGGUGAACGUGCUGUAGAAGUUAGACAAGCCGUUCCUAAUACACCUGGUUUUUGUUGUCCUCUCUACAAGUGUGUACCAUCAGAAUCCGUAUACUUGGUUGAAACGGAAGAAAGUGGUAAUACCAGGAAUUGUUUCUUCAAAAAUGGAUUAUUCCGACGAGUUGGAGAACAUUGGAAAGACGAACCCUGCGUAAAUUGCACGUGCCAAGAGAAUGGUCAAGUGUCUUGUAUAGGAAUCAUGUGCAAAUCUUGUGCAAACCCGAUACCACCAGAUCCAGGCGAAUGUUGUUCUCACUGUCCACAACCAACUAGUCUAACUGAUGUUGAUAUCGAUAGCAGCAAAUCGAAUUGCAAAACCUCUUUGAUUGAUUGUAACCUCGAUUGCAAUCGUUACUUAACCGACGAGAAUGGCUGUCAGAUUUGUGAAUGUUAUAAACCAACAAAGAACGAAAUGAUUCACCCAGGAUCGGAGGAGGACAAACUCUGUCCAGAAUUAUCAAACUGCGAACUUAAUUGCGAUCUCGUAAAAGACGAGUUUGGAUGUUCGAUUUGUGCCUGUCAAUCGAUAUCAAAUUUAUCGUCAACGUCAACACCACUGACUCCUUCACGAAAUCAACAAAACUUGAGUUUCCCAUCAACGAAUCGAACAUGGAACCAUCCAAAUAUCGACAAUUUCGAUAAUAACGACGAUAAGAAAGUUGUCUGUCCCGAAGUAAACUGUGAUCUUCAUUGCGAACGUGGUCUCAUGAUGGAUGAGAACGAUUGUACUUUAUGCGAAUGCAAACCACUUCACGAGAAUUGUCCUUCAUUCGUUGGAUGUAAAAAGAAAUGUAGAUUUGGUUACAAAACCAACAAACGUGGCUGUCCGAUAUGUCGGUGUCGGGCGAGUUGCAUCAACGAUGAGAAUGAACCAAUACAGGAAGGUGAAAGCUGGCUACGAAACGCUUGCACAACUUGCACGUGCGAAAUAGGCGGGAGAGUAAAUUGCAAGGAAACCGUUUGUUCGGUGGCCUGUAGCGAUCCUUUACCCCCAGAACCAAACACGUGCUGCCCAGUUUGUCCAAUCACGGAAAAUGAAGGGAAUCAUCAGAAUAACAGAGGCUGGGGAGUGGUACCGAUCACGUUGAUCGUCGUCCUGGCGUUACUUUGUCUUCUGUUGAUUAUCCACAUCGUUCGUAGCCGUUUUCGUGGUCGACUAUCGCCAUCAGAUGCAAGCUAUUCCUAUCCACCGCAAUAUUAUAAGUGCGUGCCUGCUUACGACACACCAAUGCAUCGAAACGAGAAGAUCGUGCCACUGUAAAAGACUGUUAUCAACGAUGCACAUACACACACACACACGCACGCAUGCACAUGCACACAUACACACAUACUCACAAAUAUACCUUUUUUUUCUCAAUGUUCCUCGUUCUAUAUUUCUUUUCUCGUUUCUUCGAAUGAAAGAGAAAAAUGAAACAUUCACACGAGGAUCAUUGAAUGUGAUGAUUGUCGGGAUAAAAUUAUUAAGAAAAAACAAAAAAUAAAAAAAAAACAAAAAAUAAAAAUUCAAAAAGAAAGAAAGAAAGAAAGAAAGAAAAAGUAGACACACUAAUCCGGUAAUUUUUCUCGAUUAAACAUUUUAUCGAAGAAAAUCGAUAUACAUAUAUAUAUAUGCCGGAGUUUGAGAAAAUAAAUAGGACCCUUUGCGAGUAGAUUCAGUAUUAUUCAUAAGUGAUGAAUCAAACGUGUUUAUGAGGGAGAUCAAGGAAAAUAAAGAAACGAACAAGAGUAAUUUAUAAAAUUGGGGUUAGAACUAAAUAAAAAUAAUAAUAAUAAUAAUAAUAAUAAUAAGGAACGUAUUAUUCGACGAUAACCAUUACGAAUGAAUACCAUUUGUUCGAAGAACCCCUUGAAAUCUUGUUAAAAUAAAUGAAGAUGAAGACAAGACGAAGAUCAAGAUGAAGAAAAACUAUUAAUAUACGGUAACAUUUAAUCUGUAAAUUAUAUGUAACGAAAAAAAAAAAAUGCCAAAAAAAAA